AUGUCGAUCGCAGUGGUACCUAUUGAGCAGCUCCCGGAAACGAAAGUUCUCUCUGUAUCUGUCCAAGUUGAACCGGAGGCCGAGUGGUUUAGUCGAUUUUCGUCAUAUCAUAACAUGGUCAGAGUUGUGGCCUGGAUGCGUCGCUUUGCAGGCCGAGCCCGACAACAGACACACACAACAGAUUAUCUGACGCGUGAGGAACUUGGAGAAUCGCUCAUCGUCUUGGUCAAACAGUCUCAAACCUGUUGGUUGUCUAAGCUCCACACAGACUUAGGGAGCGGCCGCCCUGCCCAACGGUCAUUGGCUGGUCUGAGGCCCUUCCUUGAUGCACGUUGCGUUGUCUGUGUCGGAGGCCGCUUGACACGUUCUAAUCUGACCAGUGACGACAAACAGCCUAUCUUGUUGGCUAAGGAGUCUCACUUAUCGGUACUAAUCGCGCGACAUUGGCACCUGGUAACAUGUCACUCAGGGCCUCGGGUAAUUACGUCAUUGAUCACACGACAAUUUUGGAUAGUAGUAUGA